AGAGUGUAGUUUGAAAGUUGGAAGAUGUCGCGUUGGUCGCUUAUUUUCAAGGAAUUGCUAAAAGUUUAUUAUCGAAGAGUUUACAGGCUAAACGUGCGGGAAAAUGUAGCUUCGUAAAAAACAGGAUGAUUUUUAAUUGGUACGAGGGUAGAUGUUAAAAAAAUGUAUACCGACGUAACGAGGAGCGAGAAAUUGGAGUUCAGGUGGUGUCCUCUGUCGAAGCUUCUCCCGAACUAAGGAGGAACGGCCGAGAAACGAGAGGAAGCGGACGCGGAAAAGGCGAGAGCGUUUCAUCGGAAGUGCGGUUAGAAUACGCGUUUUUCCAACCGCGCAUGUCGCCACCUAUUGUUGAUCUGACAGGAUCUUGUGUAGUUACGGUGAAAGCGAUUGGAUCUUCUGUACGUUUCGUGAGAAAUUGAAAGGCGAUCAAACGGUCCUCGAGCCGCAUGAAUCCCAUUGAAACACGUUCGCAGGGAAUGCGGUUCACCCGUAGACUGUUCUAGACAGGAAAAAGGAAAACUUUACCGAAGAUUUCGUCUAGAUUUUGAGUAGAUGCGUUCGAGGCCAGACAUGGCGGCGAUUCAAUGAGCCAAUUGGAACAGCGCUCUCUUAGGAGAUCAGAUAUUUGCGUGACGGACAAUGACGGGGAGAGGGUCGAAGAGACGGGGCCGACCCCCCAAGUCGGUGGUCAUGGAAAGGCCGAAAAAGUUUCAAUAUCAUCUGAUGAAAAAGCCAAAAUAUUUGCAAAACAAAGGUUCGGAAACGCCAAACUCACAGCCGAGCACGCCGACACCAUCGAGGCCGUCGUCGCCAGUUGAAAGCGAGGAGAGCAGACGGAGCACUCGAACCCGAAAAUCCCGGGGACCCAGAGAGAGACAUUCGCGCAAAGGCGGCCACUCAGGUUCUGGAGUCUAUCACCGCCGAGGUUACAAUCCCAAUGUUGAUUACAACGACUCCGAAUAUCACUAUGGCUCGGAUUUCGGCGACGAGUCCAGUGAGAAGAGCGAAGUGGAAGAGGAUCCCCUGCAAAGUGACGUGGAGUCAUCGGAGAGUAUAGAGGAACCUGACCCGUCGAGUGACAGUGACUUUUCUCUCUCCAGUUACAGUACCACCAGCGGUACACCCCGUAAAACAUUGCUUAGUCAACAGAGGCCGCCGAGCCCUGAACCGUUGUGGCUUCAGAACAGGGAACUGCCACCUCUAGUAAUACCUAAAUCUUCAGAUGACCUAUUAGUACCUAAAGAAUACGUUAUGCCUUCUUUAUCUAUUUAUGAAGUAUUAAGACACUUCCGCACUUUGGUACGACUAUCGGCCUUUAGGUUUGAAGAUUUCUGCGCUGCCCUCAUUUGCGAGGAUCAAACCAACUUGCUGGCAGAGAUACAUAUUAUGCUUAUCAAAGCUCUCCUUAGGGAGGAGGAUUCUCAACAGACACACUUUGGUCCUCUCGAUCAGAAAGACUCUGUAAAUGUUAGUUUAUAUUUUGUGGAUUCUAUGAGUUGGCCAGAAGCGUUACGCUCUUACGUAGAAAGUGAUAAGAGUUUCGAUGAAAACGUUCUACACAUUUUGUCAACAUCCGAAUACCCGUUUACUUCCAUCGAGGAUAGGAUCAAGGUGCUUCAAUUCUUAACAGAUCAGUUUUUAAUCACAAAUCCUGUAAGAGAAGAUCUAUUACACGAAGGAAACAUGCAUUACGACGAUCACUGUAGAGUUUGUCACCGUCUGGGAGAUUUGCUGUGUUGCGAAACCUGCCCAGCUGUAUUCCACUUAGAGUGCGUUGAACCUCCAUUAGUCGAUGUUCCCACAGAAGACUGGCAGUGCAGUACAUGUAAAGCUCAUAAAGUUACCGGUGUUGCGGAUUGUAUACCUGACGUUGAAAAGAAUGGCUCGUUAUGUCGACAGGAACAUUUAGGUUUCGAUAGACAUGGCAGAAAAUAUUGGUUUCUUGCAAGAAGAAUUUUUGUUGAAAGCGAAGAUGGAGAGGUUUGGUACUACAGUACACCUUUACAGCUAGAAGAAUUAAUGCUUACCUUAGACCGUAAUGAAAUGGAAGUUGCACUGUAUCGUGAGCUAUCUGAUUACAAAGAUGAAAUUGUACGCCAAAUGGAACUUACGGAAUCAAUCACUAAUCAAUUCAAGGGUAACAAGAAAUCAUACUUGGAAGUAGAAAACAGUCUUAUACUAAAAUUGCAAAAAGAACGACAGGAGAAACAGGAAAAAGAGGAAGAAGAGAAGAAGGAGAAACAGAGGCAAGAAGCUGAAGACAUGGUACGGAGAAUACACGAAGGUUCGGAUUCUCUUGAAGAACAGUUGGCAGCUGUGACGGAUCAACAAGAAGCAAAACCAACCGAAGAGUCGACUACAAGAGAAAAUGCUCCUGAAGCGGCGGCAGAAAAUGCGGAAGUGGAUAGUGUAGAUACUGAUGUAGACGCAGCGAACAAAGGUGCCAAAGUUGGUGCAUCCACUUCAUCGUCCGAAGAAAUCGACGAGGAAGCCUUAGAAGGGGAAGAGAGUGUUUCAAAAAUUGGUAAAGAUGGUAAGAAGCAUACAAUUGUAACGAGGUCAAAGACAGGGUCUUUACAACCUAGAACGUUCAACAUGGACGAUUUGAAGAGACGUACCGGUACACAAAUGUCGAAAGAAGAAUUGGAGAAGUUGGAUAAAAGUUUAAAAGAAGAGGGAGAUGGCACACGAUUGACCAGGCAAAAAGCUCAUCAAAUAGCUUCGGGCACUCAUCUGUUCAAAUUAGGAAUGGACAACAACUUCAAGUCGUAUGUGAAUCAGUACAGUACCAAUCCUAUCGCUCUAAAUAAAGCUCAGCGCAACGAGGAACGAGACAAGAAGAGACAUUUGUCGCACAAAUUUUCGCUUACUCAAGCAUCCGAAUUCAAGUGGGUAGGAAGUCUGACGGGAACCCGUGCUCUUCUGGUUAGCACUCUUCGUCAGACGAUUCUUCAGCUUGAAAGUAGUAUUCAGGCACCGUAUAUGCACACUAACUGGCCUCUUCUGCGUAAGCCGUGGACUACAGCAGUCGGUGCUUGCGUCAAUCCCAGAGAUUUCGCACGCGCUCUUAUCGUAUUGCAGGCGUGCAUUAAAUCAGUGGUGUUCGCUAGCGUGUGGCACGACCAACUUGGACACGUAAAACUACAGAGAGUGACAGCUCUCGAGAGAGAAGAGAAGAAGCGGCAAGAUAAGAAAGAUAAGAAGGAGAGAGAAGACGAAGAAGAACGUAACCGUUUAUAUAAUUUUGUUAAAUACACAUUGGGCUUGAAGCAUCAAGUUUGGAAACAGAAAGGAGAAGAGUACAGGAUUCACGGGCAAGGUGGUUGGCUAUGGGUGUCUGCUAGUCGCCGUUACAAAUUCUCCGACAUGACGAAAUUAGGUCUUCGGAUGGGUCCUCAGAAAGUUAUGGUGCAAAUCAGGGAUCAGGAAGGAUUAAAAAUAUUAGCUUUGGAUCCUCCUACGUAUGAGUUCUUAAUCAAGGAGUAUUGUCCAUCGAAGAAGGAAGAUAACAACGUAGAAAUAAAGAUCAAGGAAGAGAUCAAAGAGGAGGAGUCCUCCAAAGACGCAAUGGACACAACAAUAAAACAGGAAUGCAAGAUGGAGAACGUGAAAGCUGAACCAACAGAAGACAAAGCAAAUAACGCAGAAGCCACUACGAAGACAAACGAGGCGGAAGCCAAAACAGAAUCGCAACCAGUCAAGCAAGAAACAAAGAUGAAUUUAUCAUUUUUAGCUGGUAUAAAAAUCGAGAAAGUGUUCACUCCGAUCAGAGAAUUCGAAGAGAUCGACAUUACUAAAGCGUUAACUACCAACGGAAGACUCCAUUAUCCAAAAAUCGCCAAAAAGACGAGAAUCGAUGAUUUUCUAGCGCGUAGAACCCAUUUGAAGCUUUUGGAGGAAAGGAGAUUAUUGCAGACUGAGAAAUCAAAAGAGCAGCAGAAUCAAGCCACGAGUCAGAAGGCUGAAGGAGAGUCCGAGGUUGACAUCGAGAAUAACGAAGAAAGCGACACGGAUGGCGGUGAGCAUACUUUGCAAAGUAUCCUCACGGGGAAGCAGCCCAGCAAAACCAUAUCCACGUCGGCUAGAGAGAUGUUGGCCGUAAUAGGGAAACGUAUUCAGCACGUGAAAGCGCAGUACGCGAACAUUAUGAGGCUUACUAAAAACAGCAAUUGUUAUUCACGAUACUGCAACAUGACGGCGCCGCCGGGAAAAACUGGGACUACAACGCAAAGCCUGACGUCCACGUGUUACUCCCCCAUAUGUCUUCAAAAGGCUAGGCUGAAACGUGAUCUUAUUACGCUACUAAGGAAGGCCAACGCUUUGAAUAACAAUCAGUCGUCGGCGAGUUUAGUGGUUAGCACGCCUGCGGUACAGGCGCAGCAAAGUGGAAUAAAAACGGAAGGGAGCGACGAAAGUAAGGAGGCGAUCAAGAAGGAUCUGGAAUCUGCGGUGGCACUGGCGACCCACUGCAAGGAAGAGACUCCCGCCACCAAUGUAUUAUCGCCUCCCGCCAAGAAAAUAAAACUUGAAUCCAAUGCGAAAGCUGAUGGAAGUUCAGAAAACACAGAUACGGUAACAACAACGACAAAUAAUGUUGUCACUACCACCACGGUAACUACAACACAGCAGACUGUAAAAACCGUAGACGGCGUAGUCCAGAGUAUGCGGGAGAACACAACUUCCCAGAAUUCGGUUACAUUUUCUACCGAAACCAAAACUAGCACAGGGCAAAAGACGACGAUCGUGAAUCGAAGAGGCAGAACCGUGCAGAGAAGUACAGUGGCCAAAGAACUGAACGCGGAUGGUACAGAAAGAGUGUACAGUGCUGUGUCGACCGAAGGGAAAGUCUAUUUGAAGAAAGUCUCGAUUUCUUUGGCGGAUAGAAAAAAGAAACGUACUCCUGUCAAGUACCCUUUGUGUUCGACGUUCUGCACGAAAAACAAACAUCGUAGUAUACUGUUACUUCCGCAACACGAAUUGCGAAAAUUGGCCAGGGUCGGUGGACGAAUGCCAGUUCAAGGAUUCCAUCAUGUGGCCAAGGCAAACAUGUCCGUGUGGCCGUAUCCUUGUCCUAGACCACUGUUCAAGACCUGUUGGUUGUACCGAACGGUGGGCAUUAAAUCUUUGGCCGCGGCAGCCCUUCAGUUGAGAAUACUAUGGGGAUGCCUUCGAUGGGACGAUAUGGCUACGAAGCCAUUAUCUACGGAUGGCAAACAUCAGAUUACAACGGACACAGAGAUUAUGUCAUUAGAGAUUUUAAAACAUCGCCACGUUGGUCAAUUUUUAGAUAAAACACAGUACUUACGCCGGAAGGUGGUCAUACCUUUGGAAUUGCCGAAGCAAGUCAGAGAAGUAACAUCUAUAAGAAGUGGUCUUAGAAAAAGGAAGCGACCAGAGUCGCCACAGAGCACCGAACCACAGGUUACAGAGGAAUGGGUCGACGAAGAUAAAUUAGAAUUAUGGGAAAUCAAACAGUACGGUGACAGGUUAGAGAAGGCUAAUGCCCAGAUUAUUACUAGGAGUCGAUCCGGUCAGCCACAAUCUGCAGGUGCUGGUUCUAACAGAAAUUCAGGAUCCACCACUGGCAUUGGCGAUCAGCUUGUCAGCGGUAAAGCAACACCGGAAGAGAUCAAAGAGAAAAUGGAGCAACAGUUGCGCAUGCAGAGAGCCGCUCACCAACAGAAGAGAGCUCUAGAAACCUUGAAGAGUCCGGCUAACUCUGCUUCACCUACGCAACUCGUUAAAGUCACUGCUAACUCUGGCCAUGACGGCGCGGUGAAAUUAGUUUCGAAGGUUGCUAUACCAGCGAAUCCAAAUAGCGGAACAAAAUCACAGUUGACUUCUCUUCUGACGACUCCUACGCAGAGCAAGACUUUGAUUGGAACCAGACGUAUCUAUAUGACGAAAUCGGCUGAUGGUACAACGAAAGUUGUUUCCGGGCCAACGAGCAUUUUACCUAAGACUCAAUUGCAAAGUGGCAAUCAGCAGUCAUUGAUCAAGGUUCCCGGGCAAGCAGCACCUGUACAACAAAUUCAACAGAAGGUACAGAUUUUGAGAGGUCCGGAUGGAAAGCUGCAAGUUCGAGGUUUAAUGCCUGGCCAGCAAUUAGUUCAAAUGCCUGAUGGAAAAUUGCACGUGUUGAACACUGGUCAAGCGAUCACUACAACCCCGGCGCAAUCAGCUGCGAAUAGUUCAACUACACAGGCGAAAACAGCAACCACCACGGCAACUAAAUCCACGUCCAACGCCACCGCUAGUAAGACUAGUCCAACCAAGGCAGCAGCGAAUGCAACGCAACAGGCAGCGCAACAAUCGCAAGCACAGACUCAGCAGGCCGUGCAACGUACAACAACAACUGUGGCUAUCGCGACACCUACUCAAACGACAAAAAAUGCUAUUGUAGUGGCUAACACUGGACAAAUUGUACAGGGCGCACAGGUUUUAUCCUCCAGUGGUCAAGUGAUCAGCGGAAACCAAAUAGUAGUGACCAACGCUAACCUGGCUCAGCAACUUGCAACGGGUAAAGCUCAAAUAACGACAAUCGGCGGUCAUCAAGUGGUAAUCCGUAGCACGCCUACAGGCAAUCAAAUUGUGCAUUUAAACUCAGCAAAUAGUAGUAUUAUAGUGAAAAAUACUAUCACCCCGAGUAAGCAACAAGUUCCUGCACUACAAACUGCUCAAACAACAACAACAACAACAACGGGAGCACAAUCGACUGAAACAACAAAUGGUACUGUUGGCAGCAACGCUACUACGAAUGCAAACGCGAGUAAUACGACUGUGUCCAAUCAGAGCUCUACCGCUCCAGCACCUGGAAGUGUAGAGGCAUCGUUGUUGGCCGGUCAACCGCCAGGCACUGUCAUUAAAUGCGUUACCGCUCAAGUUAUACAGACGACUCAAGGACCUCGCAUAGUUUUACAAGGUUUACAGGGUGCGGAUUUUACACCACAACAACUUGCAAUGGUGCAACAGCAGGUCAAACAACAGUUACUUAAAGCUCAAGCCACUACAGGAAAGCAAGGUGUGUUAGGGCCUACUAAAAUUUAUUUGGCUGUUCAACCAGCGCCGAAUAGUCAACAAGCUUUACAGAAUUCUCAAAGUUCCACCACAGUAAAUACUCCUGCUACCCCAAUGGCGAAAACACAGACUGCGCAACAGUCGGUCGUUUCACCUCCAGCGGCAACUGAGCCACAAACCGGAGCAGAAAGCAUUCCAGAGCUUCCAGCGACAGCUACGCCAAUUUCCCCGGAGAAACCGAAGGUAGUUGUCCAGCAAGUUGGCCAACCGAGUGUCCCUUCCGAAGAGGACUCUCAGAAAACAACCGUAGCCAACGGUCAACAACCGUUGCAGACUUUGAAGGAAGGAAGCGACUCUUCAGGCAAUAAAUUUAUUUUAACACCAGACUACAUUCAGCAAACUAUAAAAAAUGCUUUGAAACAAGAGAACCUGAACCCGGAGAUAGAAGAGAAGCUGCUGCAGCUGCAACGAUACCAAGAGAAACAAAUGAAAGGCAGCGUCGAAAAUUCGGUGGCCACCAAUCAAACUCACACCACGCCCACGGUUACUACCCCACGUGUCCCAUCUCGUAAAAGACCAGCACCCACUAACAUUCCAACAACAACUACACCGACUAGCAUACAAUCAUCGACGAACGACCAGGACGCGAACUGGGAAACGCCUAGAAAGAAACCCGCGAUAAAACAGGAAAAUCGUGAGACGCCAAAAGUACAAAAAGUCGUAGAACAAACGGAGAAUGAGUCUGUACCGAAGAAUCGAGCAGCAAAGCUGAAGGACAGUCAAGAAUUGAGAAGAAAGCAACAGAUGCAUUCGAGAAUGCAGGUUUUACUGUUUAGACAUAAAGAGCUGCUUAAGAAGGAUAUCCUAAAAAAGAGGGCGUUGCUCGAGAAAGAGUUGCAAAUAGACAUUCAAAAGGACCUAUCGGCUGAACUAGCGUCAAGAACGAAAGCGGAAAGACACAAACAGGACGAAGUUAAAGUGGGGAGCGCAAAGCGUAAAGCUAAUGCUCAGAUAGCUCAACAAGUUAGCCCCCCGAAUAGAGGUGGCAGGCCAAAGAAGUAUAAAGCGCAAGGGAGUAGCACCACACCACCGGGUGCCUCGACAGCAGCCGCCACUAAUAGAAUUAAAAAAGAAAAGUUGUAUUGCUUGUGCAGAACACCUUACGAUGAGACCAAAUUCUAUGUAGGAUGCGAUCUUUGUAAUAAUUGGUUUCACGGAGAUUGCGUGGGUAUCACGGAAGAAAUGUGUAAAACCCUUUCCGAAUUUGUUUGUACCGAGUGCAGACAUGCGAGAGACACGCAAGAAUUGUAUUGUCUUUGUAAACAGCCAUACGACGAAUCUCAGUUUUAUAUAUGCUGCGACAAAUGUCAGGAUUGGUUCCAUGGUCGAUGCGUGGGUAUUCUUCAGUCGGAAGCCGAGAAUAUAGACGAAUACGUUUGUCCGAAUUGCCAACGAAAUUCCUCUGUUAAUUUUGCUAACAUGAAAAACCUAAAUGCGAAAGAUCUCGAUCUUCUGAAGAAAUUAAUUAAACAGAUACAGGCACAUAAGAGCGCCUGGCCAUUUAUGGAACCCGUGGACCCAAAUGAAGCUCCUGACUAUUAUAAAGUUAUAAAAGAACCAAUGGACUUGCAGACAAUUGAGUUGAGGAUAAACGAUAGAUCUUACAAGAAGUUGAGCGAGUUCAUUGGGGACAUGACGAAAAUAUUCGACAACUGUCGUUAUUACAAUCCGAAAGAAUCGCCAUUCUUUAAGUGCGCGGAAUCUUUAGAAACGUACUUUGUCCAUAAAAUCAAGAGCUUGAGAGAAAAGUUUUCCGAAGGAAAGUAAAGCAUUCGAACGGGGUGCGGAAGAGCAACUACGAAUAAGAGGUAGAAGUGAACGCGAAGUAUCAGUCGUUUAAUUUCUAUAACGGGGAAAUGAUCGAUUUGUGCCAGUACACGUAAAAAGAGAGACAUUGCAAGUAGCCAUAAGAUCGUACUCAUACGACACAUUAGUCCAAUAUUUAUUAGAGUUGUGUGAACAGUUUGAUUUGCCUUCGCGAGAGCGAACUUUAUUUCAAUUGUGCCGCAUAAUGAAUUUUGGACCAUGCUUAGACUAUCUUUAUCGCAAUCGUAUCAUUUAGAAACGUUCAAUUAUAAACUAAUGGAAGAGCAGUUUUUGCUUGAAGAAAAACGAAUGAAUUAUCGAUACGAUUCUAAUGAAAAAAAAUUAUCAAUAUCCGUUGUAUCGUAUGUUACAUCGAAUAACAUCUUGGUGGAGCUAGGCAUCAACACAAUACUUGCCAAGUAUUUUUCCAUAUUCGAUGGGAAUAAGAUGUAUAAGAGAAUACGUGCAAUAGGAAAUUAUUUCUUCCGUUACGUUACAUUUCGUUGAAGGAAGGACUUCGUUCGGUUGUAUUUGUAAAUAAAAAAGAAACGUUAAUGAAUUGUGGUUCAGAAUUCAUUUGCCGCGCACGAGCAUUACUAUUUAUGUACAUCUAUUGAAUACAUGUAUUUAUGCAUGUUACGAAGAUAAUUAUCAAAUAUAUCAAAUCAGUGCCACUGAAUGAUUAGAGCAAUGAGUUUUUAGUAACCCAGUGCGAAUACGCGAGAGAGGAAACAUAGGUUGUCAUCGAGAAAAUUCAUUCGCAUACGAACUAAGUGAAAGAAAAGAAAGUAAACCGAGAAAAACGGGGUUCGAUUGCUACAACGUUCAUCACAUUUUAUUCGAUAGAAAGAAAGAAAAACUGAAAAAAUCAAUUUUCUCUCAUAUAUAGGUACAUAUAUGGAAUAUUUAGCAAGCGCAUAAUAAAUUGUACAAAUUUGUUUAUUGUGCUCACAAGUAACUAUUAUUAUGUUGUUUUAUCACAAAUUUUCUAUAAAAUUGUUUAUAAGUAACACGUACGAUGUUAGCUCGUAAGUGGACAGGGCGUCAGUCCUGUUUUGUACAUAAAUAUAUUCAAGUAGAAAUGUCUAUAAGGUGAUAGACUAUAGAAUUUUUGUUCUGAUAAGACGAGAAUAUAUAGAAAAAAACGAUGAAAGGUCAGUUGAGAACACAGCAAACUGAUUAUCAAUGAAUAUAUUGUUUAUAUUUUAGCUAUUAAAUUACCACUCAUGAAAAUUAGUGAAAAAACCGAAGCUGUACUACACUGUACAUGUGCGAGUAUAUUCGUUAUCUAUAAUCUCGAUGAAUAUAAACAGGCAAUAUUAUUUCGUGGACAUACAUACAUACAUACAUACAUACAUAAUAUACAUAUAUAUAUAUACAGCUAAAUAUAUAUAUAUGUAUAUGUACAAGUAUAUAUACAUAUAAUUAAAGAAGCAAAACUCAAUGAAAUCGCUUCAAGAGUUUCACUAGCGAAGUAUAAGAGUGAAAGUAAAAAAAUAGUUGAAUAUUCGACUCUGCCGUCGGAAAACGAGAACUUUCCGCGAACGAGAACUUUACACCUGAGACGCUCGUAUCCGCGGAGGUCUAAAGUAUUCACUCGAAGGGAAGAAGGAAUUCGUUGAACGCUCGAGACGUGUUUUCUGACAGUAAGAAUCAAGAGCUUCGUGUACGUACAUUUCUGUGUGUUUCACGGAUCCUUUGACGCGUUCUCAUCCGUCGUCGAUCCAUUCGUUUAAGCGAGAAAGAAAAGCAGAUCGCUCAAAACAGGUUGUACAUUUUCGCCAGGAUAAUGCUUGUACAGUAUUUUUAAUUGAAAGUUCACACCGAGCCUGGCAUUGAUCUGUUUUUUACCUUGAACGUUCGAUUAUAGUUACAGAAUACCAUAGUCCGUUACUUUGCCCAGGUUUAUACACCGCACUAGCUCUACUAAACUCGGUCCGAGUGGUCGUACCAUUAUUAAUCGAUGCGUCUCUCGUACACACACAAACACAAACAAACAAACAAACACACACACACACACACAAACACACAAUGCACCUUUUUAUUAUUGCAACAAAUUUUCUUUUAAAAUCUUACCCUUCGAAUAACCGAUAUUCAUUGUUCAAUUUCGUUCCACGCUCUUAAUUCUUUGCUAUGUUCUUUGCUGCUUCUAACGUUCCUCGACGUUCCAUGUAAAUUUCUAUUAAACUACGUCCGAUCGACGACGCAUAGCAAAGAGUUAAGGCGAGUGUGAUUUUUAAACGGAAUUUUAUUUCGGGCGACGAUAAAACCGAACGGUUCGGUUGUUCAGAUGACAGAACGAACGCGUAUAUAGCUGGGAAUUGUUUCACGUUGCCUCGGAACACUUCCAACUUCUGUAGACUUACGAACAAAUAUUAAUAACGUAUAAUAUUAAUAAGUAUUCGUGCUAAGAUACUUGCGAGCGGAUUGAUGCGCCGAUCGAGAAACAACGUCGUGUACUAGCUUUAUUUAUAUUCCGAGGCAAACGAAAGACCUCCCGUUGGAUCUGGACAACCGAACCCCGUUGGUAUCUCGACAAGACGCACGUUAUAUCGCCUGAUCGUUUCUAAGAUACGUCGGAUCACCGUUGGAGCCAUGAAUCCAUCGAUGGCGAUGUCGGCCGGGCUACGAUCAUUCUGUCGGGGGGGGAUUCCUUUCUUACGUAGACGCGCGACAUGUUCGACGAUGUGUAUCGGAAUAAUGUUUCUUCUGUAAAAAAAAUUGUAGAAACGAUAUCAGACGUGUAUUAGAUAUUUAGCCGUGUAAGUUCUGGCAUGCUACUGAAGUGUAAAAACCGGGUGAAGAGAGGGGAUCGCAGCCGUGUAUAUUUUACGCUGCUCCAUUUUCACUCCUUCGCUUAUUAAUCAUGUAACAAGGUGUUUAUUUCUGUUAAGGAAAAAGCAACAAAGUGUGAUUACAUAACUAUAUUCGUCUAAAUCUAAUACUACUAGUUUAUAAUAAAUAUAUUUGUACUAAUUUUAAUCAUAAACUUUGUUGUUUUUAUUGCACUAUAAAUAUAAGUUAGAGGAAAAGCAUAGUAUGU